CUCUCUCUCUCUCUCUCUCUCUCUCUCUCUCUCUCUCUCGUAUCGAUCUCAUCAUCAUCUAUUAUGGGGAAGGGAUUGUUUGAUCUGGAGAAGCACUUCGCCUUCUACGGGGCGUACCACAGCAACCCGGUGAACGUCUUCAUCCACAUGCUCUUCGUCUGGCCCAUCUUCUUUACGUCUCUCGUGCUCUUCCACUUUGCUCCCCCUCUCCUUCACCUCCCCUUUGCCGAUGGCGGCCUUGCCUUGGACUUCGCCUUCGUCUUCGCCCUCAUCUAUGCUCUCUUCUACGUCCUCAUGGAACCCAAAGCCGGCUCCCUGGCUGCCGCCCUCUGCUUCCUCUGCUGGCUCGGCAGCAGCUCCCUCGCCGCCCGCCUCGGCUUCUCCCUCGCUUGGAAGGUCGUUCUUGCUGCUCAGUUGUUUUGCUGGACUUGGCAAUUUAUAGGCCACGGAGUGUUUGAGAAGCGCGCACCAGCUCUUCUCGACAAUCUUUCUCAAGCUUUCUUGAUGGCCCCAUUCUUUGUUUUGCUCGAGGCACUUAAUUUUUUCGGGUACGAACCAUAUCCUGGCUUCCAUUCUAAUGUAAGUGCAAAGAUUGAGGCUGCUCGCAAAGAAUGGCAGGCAAAUAAGCAGAAGAAAAGUUCGUAAGGGAUAGCAUCUAAAUCACAUUACCCAUCAUUUCUCCUUGGCCCUGGUUGCAUCAGUUUACUUGUUAACACCAACGCUGUUAGUGUCCAUGCCAUAUGUGCUCAGUUAUAGCAUCUAUAAUUAAAGAGCAUCAUACCGCAGUUUGUACAUCACAAAAAUCAUGUAUUGUGAAAAAACAAUGAAACCAUCUUGAAAUGCUUCUGUCUAUGUUCCAAUUA